UUUAUCAAAUGUUCGCAACUUUGUUAUUUACGUAAAUAUAUUGAUCUAUUUAACUUGAAAAGGGCAAGCACAUUUUUCUGUGCACAUUGAAUCGAAGACCGAAGACAGAAGCAUCAGAAUUAUGGCAUCUCCGUCGCGACCGCGAGAACUCGACCCGCUGUUCGCUGGCGACGCCGGGACCAGCAGCAGCAGCAGCAGCAGUGAGCUGAGUCGUCUGCUGCGUGAGCGGGAGCAGCUGAGGCACCGACUCGACGAGGUCGUCGCGACGACGCACGGCGAGCGGUCGGACGACGCCGAUGUCGGCCGUCUGCAGCUGAGCGUCGCCCACCUGCAGGACGAGCUGACGCGCGCGCGCUCCGACCACGACGUCGUCACGACACUGCUCCAGCGCCUGCAGCUCUCAGGCGCCCUCUUUCAGACACUGCACCCGGACGACGAUAAAGCGAGCAGGGCCGGGGACGGACGCGGCGACGGCGGGGACGCUCGGGCGACCCUCGCCGCCCUUGUUGACUACCAGGCGGCGCUGUCGUCGGCGAUACUCGCCGAGGAAGACGGGGUCGCUCGGGCGCGCCGAGAGGUCGACGGGGUCGUCGCCAAGAGACUGACGAUGAAGCGGGAGAACCGCGCGGCAACCGCGGAGCUGACACUCGCGAAGGAGAAGCGGAGGGAGGCGAUCGCAGCGGCGGAGAGCGGCGGCGGGGGGAGCGUGCGGCGGGAGAAGGAGAACCUCGAGAACGUGACAGCGAAGAUCGUUGUUCAGCGGAACAUGAUUCAGAGUCUGAUCCUGGGAAGCGGUGUUCACUGGGCGGAGGACGAGGAACUCACAGAGUUCUUGCUUUCGCUCGGUCGGCCACUGAAUUUAUAGAGUGAUCGAGUUGCGGUGGAGGUACAUCUGGUUAAAACAAGUGUUGUAAAUGUGUGUCAUGUACAUGAGUUCCUAAUCGCACUAGGUUAAGCUUUGUAUUCGCAUUAUUUUCGUAGUUAUGCGGCAGUAAAUCGUAUUUAUCGAAAGAGUUGUAUAUAUAUAAUAUUACGUUAGAGUAUUUUUGAUAGGGUUAGGGCAAUUUGUGCUGGUUACAUAGCAGUACAAGCGAAGUGAACGUUGGUGUUGUAAAUAUAGUCAUGUUGGAAUAAGCUUGCAUAAUUUUCGAUAGUGUUAGCCUUUUAGAGUAACCGUUUCAUUUGGUUUUGGUAAAGUAGGUCCCAUAUGAAAUCGUAUGUACAUUGUAAGAGGAGCUAAUAAUGCCAAAUUUGUCAUUUAUUUUAUUAGCUCCUGAUUGUAAAUAUAGUUGUUUGAAAGCCAACGUCAUGGUUACUUGUACUAGUACCUUUGUGUGGCAUUGAACAGAGAACAGAACGCCACCUAGUGAAUUUGGUUGUCAUAUUUUGUAGAUAUACGAUUGA